AUGACACAACUCACCCUCCGGCAGAAGCUGGACCUGAUCCCAGCCAUCGCCUCCAUUUGGCUGACCAUUAUCUUCGCCGCGCUAACCGGCUUUUUUCAACGCCGAGCUAAGACGUGGUACUUGCAUAUAUGUUAUGCAGUCUUGCGAAAGGCUACCCGGCGACUAUCGCCGUUGCAGAUGCAAUGGGUGUCCCCCUCCACAAGCGCAAUGUACAGCAAGUACAUGGCCAAAACUAAACAACCACCGCGCACCGUGUCCCUAGAAUCCGGCGGAUACGGACACUGGAUCGGAUCCCCUGACGCCUCGCAUGUGCUUAUCUGGUACCACGGCGGCGGCUUCGGGCUCCCAGCAAACAGAGGCUACUUUAAAUUUUUCGCGCGACUGCUAGCAGACGCGAAUAAAUCGCAGCCAAACUCGCUAUCCGUGUUCUGUCUGACUUACACGCUCGCCCCGCACGCACAAUACCCAACCCAACUCCGCCAAGCAGUCGACUGUCUACGCCAUGUGCUAGAAACCCAUACACCGGAAAAAGUACUCCUAGGUGGCGAUUCCGCCGGUGGCAACCUCGUCGGCGGGGUGCUAUCGCAUCUCGCACACACCCACCCCGAAAUCAAACCCAUCAAGCUCUCCGGCGCCCAAAUCAAGGGUGCCAUAAUGCUAAGCCCCUGGACAUCGCUGGACAGCGAAUUCCCCGAUCAAAUCAUAGAUUCGCGGGGCGACAUUAUUACCGAAUAUGUAGCGGCCCCUUGGGCGGGCGCGUACCUCGGUUCGGCGGCGCGAGACUUUUACACGGAUCUGUCGCGGGCGCCGACGGAGUGGUAUGCGGCUUUUCCGGUGGAGCGGAUGCUUGUUUGUGCGGGGGGCACGGAGAUUAUGCUUCCGUUGUUGGAGGAUUUGGCGGGUAAGAUAAAGGCAGGGAGACAGGUGGAAUUUGUCGUUGGGGAGAGGGAGUGUCAUGUUGCGCCGGUUUAUCAUUUGUAUGUUGGGGAGGGGACGGAGACGGAGCAGGGAAGGGAGGUUAAGGUAUUUUUGCGGGAGUGUAUCGGGAAGGCAUAG